UGGGCGCGGCUGGCCUAGGUGGUGGAGGCCUAGCGUUUUCCUGACCUGCGGCUCGGCACGCUGCCCUACGCUUGGCCCGGUCGCCCUGCUGAGGCAGCUUCGUCCGGCCGGUGCGGCGGGAAUCCGUGGAGACCCCUCCCGCAACACACGCAUCCUGAGAGUCUCUGUGGAAGCUGAAACUCAUCACCAUCCUUCAACAUGCAAUGGAAUAUACCACGGACUAUGUCUCGGCUGGCACUCAGGACAUUCUUGGAACCUCAGAAAGCUGGGCUCUUUGAUCACCAUCAAAGCAUAAGAGGACCGCUCCUUUUGCAUAGCAGUGACUGCAGAGUGGUUUGGACACCACACCUCCAAAAGCAGUGGCUACAUGUGCCUGCUGUUCAGUGCCUUGCAAAGCAAAGGAAUCUGUUAGAUGCUCAGCCACCUCAGCUGGGAGUGCUUCACCAGGAACAAUGGGAACAGGAUACUUUAUCCAAGAGGGUUUUCUCUUCCAGUGCCACAUCACAAGAGACUCCAUCGGAAAAAAAGGAAGAGCCUGAUCCUUUACAGGACAAAUCUAUUAGUCUUUAUCAACGAUUUAAGAAAACAUUUAGACAAUAUGGAAAAGUUUUGAUUCCUGUGCAUCUAAUAACUUCUGGUAUUUGGUUUGGAACAUUUUACUAUGCAGCCAUACAAGGAGUGAAUGUUGUCCCUUUCCUAGAGCUCAUUGGGUUACCGGACAGUGUAGUAGACAUCCUGAAAAACUCCCAAAGUGGAAAUGCCCUGACAGCAUAUGCCAUGUUUAAGAUCGCCACACCUGCCCGCUACACUGUGACCUUAGGAGGUACGUCCUUCACUGUGAAGUAUUUGCGAAGUCACGGCUACAUGUCUACCCCACCACCUGUCAAGGAGUAUCUGCAGGACAGAAUGGAGGAGACGAAGGAGCUCAUCACAGAAAAGAUGGAGGAGACAAAGGGCAGACUCACUGAGAGACUACAGGAAACCAAAGAGAAAGUUUCUUUUAAGAAAAAAGUGGAAUAAGGCUGCCUUACUACAGAAAACCCUGCACUUUAACCCUCUAUAUACUCUGGGCAAAGAACAUGUUCCUGAUAUUUUUUUUUCCUUUUUUGGUUACUUGCCUAAAAGUAUUAGUUCUCUGAGGGUUAAAGAACAGAUAGGUUUUUUCUUUCUUUCUUUUUCUUUUAAAUAACAGUAGAGGAGAGAAUCAGUGUUUUUCAAAAAUGAAGAAAUGAACCCAGCAUACAGAUUUUAUAUGAAUUGCAGCAAUAAGCUAAUAAGUAGUUAAUGUCCUAGAAGUCAGAGUUCUUUUUCAAUAUCUUCAGAAUCAAAUAUGCUUCAUGCACUCUGACACCUGCAGUGUGUGUGUACUGGGCAGUCCACUCCUAGAGU